AAAUUGUAUUAUCACCUUUACAUCCGCGAUUACAUUUCGCUCUUGUGUGCGCAAGUUUUGUGCCCCUCUCCUGGAUCCACCAUCACUGAUCGUCCAUUACCCACCACUGUGUGACGAUCAUUUCGGGUUUGUCCGUCGGAGCAGCGCAUAGUCGCGUUAAACGUGGCUUGGAGUUCCAACGGUCGAAAUACGUAUAAGUUAAUUUGUUUUAUCUCGAAGGAAAGCUCGCAAAUAAUAAUCAGCCAAGAUGUUUUGGGGUUUGAUAAUGGAACCGAACAAAUGGUACUCGCAAGUCGUAGAGAAUUCGUUCCACGUGUCGAUGGCAAGUUUAGAUGUUGAAACCGCCGAUGAUGGAAUAGUACAAGUAAUAUUGUGUUAUGGAGAUAGAAACUAUCUACUGUGUAGUUUAAAAAAAAAUUCCACAUGGCAAGUACCACUUGAUUUAAAUUUUCAAGAAGGAACUAAGAUAGCCUUUACAUGCAAUGGUGAAGGUCAUGUACAUCUGACUGGAUAUAUGAUUAUGGAUGAAAAUACAGAUGAUUUUGAUAAAUAUGAGGAUGAAUCUGAAAACGAGCAAGAAGAAGUACAAGUAAACAAGAAACUUCCAAAAAGGAAAGCCACAGAAUCGCCGAAAGAAGAAAAGGAAUUAAAGCGUCUAAAACAACUGGUAGAAGCGGAAUCUUCUGAUGACGAUGAUAUUGAAGAGGAUGGAAUCGACCAAGAUGAUGCUGAAGAUUCUGAUGAUGAAGAUAAUAUGCAAGAAAUAGAAGAUGAUGAUGAUGAUGAUAACGAUGAAGAAGAAGAAGAAGAAGAAGAAGAGGACAAUGAUGACGAAGAAGAUGACGAAGAUGAAGAAGAUGAGGAAGAUGAGGAAGAAAAUAAGAUGCAGAUACAAAGGAAACCAACGAAACAACCUCAACAGCAUGAAAAUAAGAAAAAACAGACUCAAGAGCAACAGCAGCCAAAGAAGAAGCACGAUAAUCAAAAAUUAAUAAAUGGAAAAGAAGUCAGAUCAGAGCAGCAAAGUAAACAACAAAAGAAGAACAAGGUAGAGCAAGCGCAAUUGCAUCAACAAAACGCUCAAAAGGAAGCAAAGAAGCGAGUCGUAGAGGGUGGUGUGCUAGUGGAGGACAAGAAAAUAGGUAACGGUGCAGUGGCGCAAUCUGGCAAGUUCGUUGCUGUUUAUAGCGUGGGUCGUUUGAAAAACGGGAAGAAGAUCGAUUCGACAUUAGAAGGAGAAGGCUUCAAAUUUCGGCUUGGCAAAGGGGAAGUGAUCAGAGGUUGGGAUGUAGGAAUCGCUGGAAUGAAAAUCGGCGGAAAACGUCGUAUUACGAUACCUCCCAAUAUGGCGUACGGAGCAAAAGGUUCCCCUCCCGUCAUUCCUGGUAAUAGCACGCUUAUAUUCGACAUUGAACUUAGGAAGGUCUAUUAAAUUUUUUAAAACAUCCGAGUGCUUGUUAAAAAAAUAAUUUAAGUAUACUUAUGUAAGUCUGUACGUUCUUCUUAU